CCGUUCCUCUUUAAGGGGCGGGCGGGGGCGGGGCUCCCCUGCCUCAUCCCGGAGGCUGAGCCAGUCCCCCCAGCAGACGCGGACUCAGUCGCCGGAGCUGUGCCGGGCUGCCUGGUCCCGGGAGGCGGUGCCAAGGCCGAGGUGAGGCGGGAGGUCGGGGCAGGAGUCCAGCCACCACUUGAUCGCAGGCUGCAUCGUGUCGCCGGUUCCGCAGGCACCAUGAGCCAGGACACAGAGGCGGACCUGAAGGAGGUGGAGCUGAACGAGCUGGAGACCGAGAAGCAGCCGAUGAACGCGCCGUCCGGGGCGGCCAUGGCCGUGGUCGUGGCGGGAGGCGCCGAGAAAAACGGUCUGGUGAAGAUCAAGGUGGCCGACGACGAGGCGGAGGCAGCGGCCGCGGCCAAGUUCACCGGCCUGUCCAAAGAAGAGCUGCUGAAGGUGGCGGGCAGACCCGGCUGGGUGCGCACCCGCUGGGCGCUGCUGGUGCUCUUCUGGCUCGGCUGGCUCGGCAUGCUGGCGGGCGCGGUAGUCAUCAUCGUGCGGGCCCCGCGCUGCCGCGAGCUGCCGGCGCAGAGCUGGUGGCACAAGGGCGCCCUCUACCGCAUCGGCGACCUUCAGGCCUUCCAGGGCCCCGCGGGGGGCAACUUAGCGGGCCUAAAGAGGCACCUCGAUUACCUGAGCUCCCUGAAGGUGAAGGGCUUUGUGCUGGGCCCAGUUCACAAGAACCAGAAGGAUGACCUCGCGGGGACCAACUUGGAACAGAUCGACCCCACUUUUGGCUCCAAGGAAGAUUUUGACAAUCUCUUGCAGUUGGCCAAGAAAAAGAGCAUCCGGGUCAUUCUGGACCUCACUCCCAACUACAGGGGCCAGAACUCGUGGUUCCUCCCCACGGAGAUCAACUCUGUGGCCGCCAAGAUGAAGGAUGCUCUGAGUUUUUGGCUGCAGGCCGGUGUAGAUGGGUUCCAGGUUCGGAACAUAGAGAAUCUGACGGAUGCAUCUUUGUUCUUGGCCGAGUGGCAGAACAUGACCAAGAGCUUCAGUGAAGAUAGGCUCUUGAUUGCAGGGACCGAGUUCUCUGACCUUCAGCAGAUCCUGAGCCUACUUGGAUCCGCCAAGGACCUGUUGUUGACGAGCUCGUACCUGGCAAGCUCUGAUUUCACUGGGGAGCACACAGAGUUCCUCGUCACCCAGUAUUUGAACGCCACUGAGCAUCGUUGGUGCAGCUGGAGCUUGUCUCAGGCGGGGUUCCUGACUGCCCUCGUGCCGGCUCGUCUGCUCCGCCUCUACCAGCUGUUACUCUUCUCCCUGCCCGGCACCCCGGUUUUCAGCUACGGAGAUGAGAUCGGCCUGGAGGUAGCUGCCCUGCCUGGCCUGCCUGCGAAGGCUCCGUUCAUGCUCUGGGACGAAUCCAGCUUCCCCAACACCUCAGGACCUGGAAGUACCAACAUGACCGUAAAGGGCCAGAAUGAAGACACUGGUUCUCUCCUCUCCCUGUUCCGGAGGCUGAGCGAUCAGCGAGGCAAGGAGCGUUCUCUGCUCCACGGAGACUUCCACGUGCUCUCCUCGGGGCCUGACCUCUUUGCCUACAUCCGCCACUGGGACCAGAAUGAGCGAUUCCUGGUAGUGCUCAACUUCGGGGAUACAGACCAGCCUGCCAGGUUGGGGGCGUCUGGUCUGCCGGCCACCGCCAGUCUGCCGGCCACCGCCGAUCUGCUGCUCAGCACUGAUCUAGGCCGUGAGGAGGGUGUGUCUCUGGAGCUGGAGCACCUCAACCUAAAGCCCUACGAGGGGCUGUUACUCCGCUUCCCCUACGUGGCCUGACAGGACCCACCACCCUUCCCCUCCCCAGGCCAUUUGGGUCCUGGUUUCUUUUCCUUUUUUUUUUUUUUUUUUUUUUUUUACUGCCACAGAUUACAGAUGAAACCCCAGAUAAAGUUUGUUCUGGCUUCAAAUAAAAGUCACUCCUGCCUGG